CCCAAGGCCCCUGAUGCCGCCUCGAAUGCCGCUGGGAGCGCCCCGGGCUCUGCCGUUGCGACGGGCGCUCUGGGUCCGCCUGCAGUCUCAGCGGAGGUUUGCCUCGAGCUCCGCAGAGGCACUCGAUGUCUACGACGUCGUCUGCGUAGGCGGAGGACCGGCCGGCCUGAGCCUGCUGACAGGCCUCAAGGCAUCGCCCGUCACCAGCGGGCUCAAGGUGGCCUUGAUCGAGGGCCAGAAUCUGCACAAGAGCCGCCUGGCGCAAGACGCCAGCCUCGAGAGCUUUUCGAACCGAUGCAGCUCUCUCACACCGGCCUCUGUGAGCAACCUGCAGGAAAUCGGAGCAUGGGCGCAUGUCAACAAGCCCAGAGUGCAGCCCUACCAGGAGAUGCAAGUAUGGGAUGGUGUGAGCGAUGCGCGCAUCUCCUUCGACUGGCAUACCGCGAAGCCCCUUCUUGCGCCCCGUAAUCCCGCCCAGCCUACGACCAUCGCAUACAUGAUAGAGAACGUCAACACGGUGACUGCGCUGCUGAGCCGGCUCGAGCAACUCGGCGGCGUCGAUUUCUACACGUCUACCAAGGUCGACUCGAUACAGCUGGGCGCCGACACAGACAAGGUGGAUUUUUCGUCGUGGCCGGUACUCUCUCUGUCCAAUGGAAAGAGGCUGGCCGCAAGGCUGCUGGUGGGAGCGGAUGGGGCAAACAGCCCAGUGCGUGCGUUUGCAGGCAUCGAGUCCCGAGGGUUCGACUACAACCGGCACGGCGUCGUGGCCAGCUUGAAACUCGAGGGACAAGGCUGGGGCGGACCAGACCACAAGAUUGCAUACCAGCGCUUCUUGCCCACGGGACCACUGGCUAUGCUGCCGUUGCCGGGCAACAUGUCGACGCUUGUAUGGAGCACAACGCCCGAGCGUGCAGCUAGGCUCAAGGCACUGUCGCAACAGGACUUUGUUGCCAUGGUGAAUGCAGGCUUCAGACUGUCGCCCACUGAUCUCGAGUACCUGCAUACACUGUCGUCGGGACACGAGGAAGAAGUUGCCUGGCGCGAGAAGCACACGCCUGUCGACGAGCACGCCAUACCCAUGCGCGUGACCAAGGUCCAGGCCGGGACCGUUGCGUGUUUUCCGCUCCGGAUGCGACACGCAGACACGUACACGGGCGAGCGAGUGGCACUGGUCGGCGAUGCCGCGCACACGAUACAUCCGCUCGCAGGCCAAGGCCUUAAUCAAGGACAGGGCGACGCCGCAGCGCUCGCUCGCACCAUAUCACAUGCCGUGCAGACGGGCCAAGACAUUGGGUCUACAUUGGCGCUGGAAAGCUACAACAGCGAACGGUACGCCGAGAAUAACGCCAUGCUGGGCGUCUGUGAUAAGCUGCACAGGCUGUACAGCGUAGAAUCCGGCCCAAUCGUAGGGCUAAGAAGUCUUGGUUUGAGAGCGGUGGAUGCAAUGGGCCCGCUCAAAGGCUUCUUUAUGAGCAAAGCAGCAGGCGGGUCGUGAGCCGCAAUCCUUGUACUUUGAUAGUUGUGCAUAUGUCUGUAUCCAUAUACUAGCUUGGCAAGCCCACGGAACCUGGAAUCCGGCUUGCACAAU